GAGUCGACAGCGGCGGCGCUGUGAGCCCGCCCACUCUGCCGUCCCUCGGCCCCGCGCCGCGCGCCGGCCCCGGCAUGGAGCCGGACUGCCGGGUGCUCUCCAUCCAGAGCCACGUAGUCCGCGGCUACGUGGGCAACCGCUCCGCCACCUUCCCGCUGCAGGUGCUGGGAUUUGAAAUCGACACCAUUAACUCUGUGCAGUUUUCAAACCACACAGGCUACACCCACUGGAAGGGCCAAGUGCUGAACUCAGAUGAGCUACACGAGCUGUACGAAGGCCUCAAGCUGAACAAUGUGAAUAAGUAUGACUACGUGCUCACAGGUUACACCCGGGAUGCGUCCUUCCUGGCCAUGGUGGUGGACAUAGUGCAGGAGCUGAAGCAGCAGAACACCAGCCUCGUGUACGUGUGUGACCCGGUGAUGGGGGACAAGUGGAAUGGCGAAGGCGCCAUGUAUGUUCCUGAGGAUCUCCUUCCAGUUUACAAAGAAAAGGUUGUGCCAGUUGCCGACAUUAUAACUCCCAACCAGUUUGAGGCUGAGUUGCUGAGCGGCAGAAAGAUCCACACCCAAGAAGAAGCACUGGCGGUGAUGGACAUACUGCACGCCAUGGGCCCCGACACCGUGGUCAUCACCAGCUCCGACCUGCCAUCUCCACAGGGCAGCGACUACCUGAUUGCCCUGGGCAGCCAGAGGAUAAGGCGGCCCGACGGCUCCAUGGUGACCGAGCGCAUCCGGAUGGAGAUGCACAAGGUGGAUGCCGCCUUCGUGGGCACGGGGGACCUCUUUGCCGCCAUGCUCCUGGCCUGGACACACAAGCACCCCAACAAUCUCAAGGUGGCAUGUGAGAAGACAGUGUCUGCCAUGUACCACGUCCUGCAGAGGACCAUCCAGUAUGCAAAAGCCAAGGCUGGGAAGGGGCAGAAGCCCAGCUCGGCCCAGCUGGAGCUCAGGAUGGUGCAAAGCAAGAGGGACAUCGAGAACCCGGAGAUCGUCGUCCAGGCCACGGUGCUGUGAGGCCACGUGCGCAGCGCCCGCAGUGCACAACCUAUCGGUGUCUUCAUUGUCAUCCUGUGAAAACUUAACAUCUGCCCUAGAGCUGUGACUGAGACUUGAUUUUGGUACCUGUUCUUCCUUGGGUGUCCAGCCUCCACUGUUCUGACCUGUGAAAUGUGCUGAUUGUGCUUUUUGUAAAUAACAAGGCAAUCACAGAAGGUUGCAAUUUGGAAACCCAACUCUCCUUGCUCCCAAAGGCUCCUGGGCCUCCCUGGGUAACCAGCCCAGGUUUACAGCCUCGGGGUGUUUUGUCCCCUUGGCUUCUGUCAUUGUGGUACAUGUAGAGGGCGAGGGAGUGGCCCACUGUUCCAGGGGACCCUGUGUCAGCGCUGUCCCCCCUCCUGCUGCAUGUAACCCGUGUCCAGAGUGGGUGGGUCUGGGAGUGGGCCUGGGAGUCCUGAGUCUUGGCAUCUCUGAGAAUGAGCUGGGUUUUAAUUGAUUGUACCUGAAAGAAUUAUGCCAAAUAUCUUUAUCGUCAUUCUGACCUUA